CUGUCAGUACAGGAAGAGGUGCUUGGGGCCUCGUGUGGAUGCAGAGAGGAAGUAGAUGUUAGGAGGGUCACCCAGGGUGGUGUCGGGCACCCAGAGCCUCUUGCAGAAAGGAGACGCUUGGUAGUCAGGGCGGCCAGUUCAGGGACGCACGGCCUCAUCCUCGCCAAGAGCCGUGCCUGCGUGACUCCGGAAAGGCCGCCGAGUGUGCUCACUGCAGACCCAGAGUGUGGGAGGCCAGUGGGACUUCGGGGGGCUGGAGUGGUGGACUUCGAGCUGAGCGGAGGGCCCGUGUAUCCCACAUGGUGGGAAGAGAGAGGGCGUAGGUAGCUUCUGGCAGCAGAGUGGACAGAGGGCAGGACCCCAUGCACAGACGUUGGGUUGAAUCACCACUGCCGUGCUGGGCGGUGCUACCACCUGGCUUCCCCAGCCCGUGAGCUGCCGAGGGGCGUUCUGACUGCGCAUUCACACCCUGCCCUAUUCCACCUGUGUCUCCUCCUGCUGAAACAGCACCUGGCUGCUGCUGAGGCAGAAUGAUGGGAAGAUUAGGGGAUAUUUGCAGAGUGUAGGCAAGACGUGUGCAGAUGAAAGCCACCUUACACUUGUCCCGUGCUGUUUUAUAAACUGAUCAACUUUCUGCUGUCACAGUGUGGGUGGCAGAUACCUUACACUCACCCUGCGUUGUCAGGGAUGUGGCGGGAGGGGGUUAAAAGGCCAGGGUCCUCUUGAGUUAGAGGAAAACAUUAUGUCUCUUUCCUGAUUAAUCCCACUCCUUUAUUUUGUGGAUGGACUGUUGAAUUCUUUUUACGUGGGUUAUAAUAAAUGCGCAGUUAGAGCCAUAUGCUUAGUAAUUACAUUAGGAUGUAUAUUUUGUGUUCUUCAGUAUGGUGAGAACUAAUUAUAGUUGUGGGUUUUUAUGUUGAGGAAGAAGGAAAAAAAUUGCCUCUGUGAAGGGUGAGGACAGCUUGGGGGCAGUGGGGCCUUCAGGGUUUUACUGAAGCCGGAAGCAGGUGUUUUAAUUAGGAACCACGGGCUGCUGGACGUAGGCUAGAUAUGAAGACUGGGCUUGUUGGCGGGAAAGGAGAAUGCCAGUUUAAAAUCUCCUGUUUGAAGUCGUUAAAAAUACAGAUGUGCCCGUGGACACCCCCAAACCUGCUGUCACUUGUUGCUCAGUCCCAUGAAAAUAUGACAGAGGUGUCACAUGACUUGUCCAACCAUGGAGCAAGCAGUGCUGGGCUUUUCAUGUAUUAAAGCUACAAAGGCUUAUUGAAUUUCUAGAGAAUAGACAUUUUUAAGUUUCAAAAUCCCUGGCAUUCAUGUUAUUUAUCUAAACCUCUUUAUUUUCCAUAAAUGAGUUUCUUCUGUCCCCUUGACAUUUUUUCGGGGAAACCCCCAGGAAGCUGCUGUCCCCUGGUCCUGCCUGAGAGGUGGGAAUGUACCCUGUGAGUGAGUAAAUCUGAAGCUUCGGCACACCAGCUUGUUUUACCAGCUGUGCAGAAGUGUCAUUAGCCAGAGUGCCUCCCCACCGUUUAAACAGAAAACGUGGAUUUCACGUCCAGGAUGGGUGAGCCCUUUUCCAGGAUGCCUCAGUAGUUGCGCGUAUGUGAGCAUAUUUUUGCUUCUAACGCUGGCCCUUAGAAGCAGUCAUCUGCAUAGGGAAGACUUCAGGAUCAAGCUUUGGAAAACUUUGCUGCCGUGAGGGCCUGAUGAAAUAGCGUUGUUUCCGCUUGUUAAUUUGGCAACCCACUUGCUGAUUCAAGGUUCUGAUCAAGAUCUGUAGGAAAUGGCAGGCCUGGGGGGCACGGGGUGACUGGGAAUCUGGGCGUGGGCAGGUGUGUCAGAGUGGGGUGAUUGUGUCGCUGUUUCCUGGGAGGAAGCUGUCAGGUGAAGGGGACUGGGUGGUAGGAUGGUGGAGACGGGAGAGCACCAGCUGCUCUUCCUUCUCUUCUUGGCCGUCUUCAGAAAAACAGCAAUAAUUAUACAUGCUCUUUAAAAAAAAGAGAAAAAUAAAAAAAAUACUUCCAGCCACAAAAUAUGCUGAAGUUCGAUUCUGAGGUUUAAAAAAUACAUUUGAUCAGUUAUGGAGGUAUCAGCAUCAAUUUUAAUUUUCCUGUUGAGUCGGUUCCGACUCAUAGUGACCCUAUAGGACAGGGUAGAACUGCCCCAUAGGGUUUCCAAGGAGCAGCUGGUAGAUUCGAACCGCCAGCCUUUUGGUCAGCAGCCGUAGCUCUUAACCACUGCGCCACCAGGGCUCUCGGUAUUGGUCAUCAGUUUAGCCAGCCUCUAAACCAUCUUUAACCCUAUACAGAGACCCUCCAGUUUUGCAAUUCUGAUCCUCUUUAUCCAGUUUUUUCUUUAUAAGAGUGUGAGAUAACAGGUUGUGGGGCCCCAGUUUUGAGGGCUCUCUCCUGCACUAUGAAGAGGUAACACACGCAUUCCAGAAAGCUCCCUACCUAGCUGAGGACGUCUGUCUGGCUUAAAAAUAACAAUCAAAAGUAGAGGAUAAAAUAGUUUUCAAAAAGAGAUAAUGGAAUAUUACUCAGCCGUAAAAAGGAAUGAGGUCAUGGUACAUGCUACAGCAUGGAUGAACCUUGAAAACAUUAUUCUGAGUGAAAAGAGCUAGUCACAAAAGGUUACACAUUAUAUGAUUUCAUUUAUCAGAAAUCUACGGGGGCCGGGGCUCGAGGGGAAGGGGAAGUAACAGUUCUGGGUUUUCUUUUGGGGUAAUGAAAAUAUUCCGGAACUUGGUACAGGUUGUAUAAUAUUGUGAAUGUGCUGAACACCACCGAAGUGUAUACUUUAAAAUGGUUAAUUUUAUGUUACAUGAAUUUCACCCAGAAAAUAAAAACUGGAAAAUGAGACCCCAAGUUUUACAGGAAAUCAUUCUCGUAAAUACGUUGUGUGUCUUUGCUUCUUUUCCCUCCAUUGCCUCAUGCCUUUUACUUCGAAUGAUGGUGAUUUUUAAAGGAUUCACAUCUGAAAUGAAGAGACAGGUGGUUUGGGGAGAGGAUACUGUUUGAUGAUCGGACUCUGCUAACCUGUGAUCCAAAAAAAACCAAACCCAUUGCCGUCGAGUCGAUUCUGACUCAUAGCAAUCCUAUAGGACAGAAUAGAACUGCCCCGUACAGUUUCCAGGGAGCGCCUGAUGGAUUCAAACUGCCGACCUUUUGGUUAGCAGCCGUAGCUCUUAACCACUGCACCACCAGCGUUUCCUAACCUGGGAUAGUGCGUCCCAUUUGACUGGGUUGUUUCGUAAGAAAGUGUUGCGUAUCUGGGGUGAGAGAGCAGUGAGCUGCAUUUGGGACUGUCUGGGCCUGGGAAGUCGGGCCUGGUGGUCAGUGGUUGGGAACCGCUCUGCAGCCCUUGUACUUCCCCUUUAUUUCUGGGCGGAUGGUUGCACAGCCACCUCUCUCCUGCUUGCACAAGUGUCUCAACGCCAUGUUCUGAGCCUGGGUCAGAAAGUCAGCUGCCAGGACCUUCAGAAGUUUACAAAUAAAAAUUAAAAAAGGCAAGAAUUUCUUUCCAGUGCCUUUCCUGAAGUGAUGCUCAGUUUAUAUGGAGGGAUAAUUGAAGUGUUUAAAAGUUCUUAUUUCCCAAGCAAAGAUUUCUGAAGACUCCUUUCUAGAAACCGUUGGAAAGUUUCAAGAGGCACAAAGUACAGUGUUUUCUCCAGAGACUGCGUGGAGCAUGCCGUUUACAGACCACGUGAGCGUCGAGAACUGCGCUGGCGAGAGUGGCCCCGUCUAGCCUGGCGGGCUGGGAAAUGAGGGUCCUUGGGGGUCCUGUACACCGGCUCCGGCUCCGUGCUGAGCUGCUGGUCACGGCUCCAGGGCACUGAACAGCCUCCCACCCCUGUGGCCUGCCCCUACCCCAUGAGGAUGUGCGUCCCUGCCAGGGGCCUGCUCACGGCCCUGGCCGUGGUGUUUGGGAUGGCCGUGGCAUUCGCACCUGUCCCUCGGAUCACCUGGGAGCACAGAGAUGUAGGACUGGUGCGUUUUCACGAGCCAGGCGUCUUCAACUACUCUACCUUGCUGCUCAGUGAACACAAGGACACCCUGUACGUGGGCGCCCGGGAGGCUGUCUUUGCCCUGAACGCCCUCAAUAUUGCCGAGAAGCAGCAUGAGAUAUAUUGGAAGGUCUCAGAAGACAAAAAAGCAAAAUGCGCUGAAAAGGGAAAAUCAAAACAGACAGAAUGCCUCAACUACAUCCGAGUGCUGCAACCACUCGACACCAACACCCUUUACGUGUGUGGGACGAACGCCUUCCAGCCGACCUGUGACCACCUGAGCUUAACAGCCUUUAAGUUUUUGGGGAAGAAUGAAGAUGGCAAAGGAAGGUGUCCCUUUGACCCAGCACAGAGCUAUACAUCUGUCAUGGUUGAUGGAGAGCUUUACUCUGGGACAUCGUAUAACUUUUUGGGAAGCGAACCCAUCAUCUCCCGCCAUUCUUCCCAGAGUCCCCUGAGAACAGAGUACGCGAUACCUUGGCUGAACGAGCCCAGCUUCGUCUUCACAGAUGUGAUACGAAGAAACCCCAAUGACACGGAGGGCGAGGACGACAAGGUGUACUUCUUCUUCAUGGAAGUGUCUGUGGAGUACGAGUUCAUGUUUAAGCUGAUGAUCCCGAGGAUAGCCAGGGUGUGCAAGGGUGACCAGGGUGGACUGAGGACAUUGCAGAAGAAGUGGACCUCCUUCCUGAAGGCCCGGUUGAUCUGCUCCAAACCAGACAGCAACCUUGUCUUCAACAUGCUGCAGGAUGUGUUCAUUCUCCGGGGCCCAUGGCUGAAGGAGCCCGUGUUCUACGGCGUUUUCACGCCACAGUUGAACAACGUGGGGCUGUCGGCAGUGUGUGUCUACAACCUGUCGUCAGUGGAGGAGGUCUUCUCCCGGGGGAAGUACAUGCAGAGCGCCACGGUGGAGCAGUCGCAUACCAAGUGGGUGCGCUACAAUGGAGCAGUGCCCAGGCCGCGGCCUGGAGCGUGCAUCAACAGUGAGGCCAGGGCCGCCAACUUCACCAGUUCCCUGAACUUACCUGACAAGACACUGCAGUUCGUGAAAGACCACCCUCUGAUGGAUGACUCCAUCACGCCGACUGACAACAGGCCCCGGUUAAUUCAGAAGGACGUGAACUACACCCAGAUCGUGGUGGACAGGGUGCAGGCUCUGGAUGAGACCAUCUGCGACGUGAUGUUCAUCAGCACAGAUAGGGGCGCCCUGCACAAAGCCGUCAGCCUGGAAAACGGCGUGCAUGUCAUCGAGGAGACUCAGCUGUUCCAGGACUUCUCGCCGGUCCAGACCCUGCUGCUGUCCUCCAAGAAGGGCAAAAGAUUUGUCUAUGCUGGCUCCAACUCAGGCAUGGUCCAGGCCCCCGUGGCCUUCUGUGGGAAGCACAGCACGUGUGUGGACUGCGUGUUAGCACGGGACCCCUACUGUGCCUGGAGCCCGCACACCACCGCCUGCGUCACUCUGCACCAGGAGCACGGAUCCGGCAGGGGUUUGAUUCAGGACAUGAGUGGGGACGUGUCUGCUUGCCCCGAUAAAGUUCAGGGGAGUUCCCAGCAACAUUUUUUCAAGCACGGUGGCACAGCAGAGCUCAAGUGUUCCCAGAAGUCCAACUGGGCUCGAGUGGUGUGGAAGUUCCAGAAUGGCGUGCUAAAGGCUGACAGCCCCAAGUACAGCCUGGUGGGAAGGAAAAACCUGCUCAUCUUCAACUUGUCCACAGGGGAUAGCGGGGUCUACCAGUGUCUCUCGGAGGAGACGGUGAAGAACAAAACCGUCUCCCAGGAGCUUGCAAAGCAUGUUUUGGAGGUGAAGGUGGUCUCGUCCCCUCCGGUGGCUCCCACCCUCCUGGCUGUUCAGACGGAAGGGAGUAGAAUCGCCACCCGAGUGUUUGCGGGGGCCACCCUAGGGGCUUCUCCCCCGAAGCCGGCUGUGCGGGUCACCACACCCGGUGCGGUGAUGACCCCACCCUCCCACCUCACACCCACAAGCACACCCUGCCAGCCGAAGAUCGUCAUCAACACGAUCCCGCAGAUCCACUCGGAGAAGACCAUGUAUCUCAAGUCCAGUGACAACCGCCUGCUUAUGUUCCUCUUCCUCUUCUUCUUCUUGCUGUUCCUAUGUCUGUUUUCUUAUAACUGCUACAGAGGCUACCUGCCCAGCCAGUGUCUGAAAUUCCGCUCUGCCAUGUUGCUUGGUAAGAAGAAGUCCAAGUCUGAUUUCUCGGACUGCGAGCAGACUGCAAAGGAAACGCUGGUGGAGCAGGGAAGCUCCUCUCAGCAAAACGGGGAGCAGCCCAAGCCGGCUCUGGACACGGGCUACGAGACAGAGCAGGACACCAUCACCAGCAAGCUCCCCACCGACCGGGAGGACUCACAGAGGAUCGAUGACCUGCCCAUCAAGGACAAGCCAUUUGAUGUGAAGUGUGAGCUGAAGUACGCAGACUCGGACGCCGACGGGGACUGAGGCGGGCUGCGUCUCCUCUUCGGAUGCCCAGCUUGUCGUCCCGGCUGGCUGGCUGAGCACAGGCAUGUCAGGUGGUGAGGGCGUCCGCACGCGGCGCCUCUUGUGCUCUGCCCGUCAGUGACCCCGUCCGUCCCCACCCUGCCUAGGGAAGCCACCCCAGUGCACAGACCCCAGUUCUCUUCUCUUGUCUGUUAGGUUGAGCUGAUGACUUGGUUUCUCUUUGUCCCUUUGGGAAGUGGCAGGCAGCACACCCUGGUCAUGCGUGCGCCAGCUGGUCACAGCGCUUGAAAACGUCCCUGCGGGUGGAGUCGCCGAUUCACCUGAGCCUUACUUUUGUUGGGAGAGACGUGGGCUCAGCCAAGUCCACUGGCCCAAGAAGAGUUGGACCUUCAGCCUUCCCUCAUCGCAGCCACUAACAAGUGAUUUAAUUCCAGAUUGGAAGUGACAUUGUAGUUUAUCAGUGUGGUAACUUACAGCCUGUUGUCCAGAGUAGCACGAACUUUUUCUCCUUUAUUUUUUUAGAAUUUUGCUUCCAUUGUGUUGGUGUUUUAGGUGAUUUUUUUUUUUAAAUUACUGAAGCAGAUGAAGAUGUAUCUUCUAGACCUUAUUGUAUACUGGGAUAAAACAUGGCUUACAUUGCUGAUGAUUCUCAGGGAUGAAGUUACUUUUGCUAAAUGUGUUCUUUCUGCUUUUAGAAAUGCAAACCCCAAACCAACUCUUGAGCGCACUUUUUUUUUUUUUCCCCCUUCUUCAUUCCUUGAGGGAAACAUCGUUGCUUUCGGAAAGGUUUUCUUUCUGUACUUUUUUUUUCCCUCCUUUUUAAAAACCCUCUGAAGAUGAGAAAGCAGCAGAGGACUGCCACACAUCCAUACAACUGGAUUUGGGAUUUUGAGCAGGGACAGUGGCCUCGCGGGCCCUGGGUGACUCCCAGGCAGCUGGAGGCUGGGCUGCACCGAGCUGCAGGCGGAGGAACGAGCACAUUACAGUGGGAUGCACCCGGCCACUGACUGACACCUUCUGUCCAGACCGGCAGUGCUGGCCAGGACUUCUGUGGCUCUCUGAACAUCUCCUUUUCUUUGCUUUGAUCUCACCCUCACGCCCCAUCCAAAUGGACCAUUGCCCUCCCUGAGCUCCUCCACAACUGGAACGGCCUGGGCGGUGGGCGGCGGGCGGCCGCUCCAGAGGGCCUGGGAGAUGCCUGCACAGACAGUCCGCCAUGCCAGACCUGCCUCUUGUGGUGAAAGGUGUAAGUGGGUGGUACGAUGUCACCUUUUGUUUACGUUACACUUCGCCCCUCCCCAACCCUUUGUGAACACCGUCAGAGGAGACCUUCUUCCAUGGCAAGAGCAAUAAACUCUGGAUUUUGUGUGCCUGUGUAGACAGCCUCGUCUUCCAGCAUGAUACGAUGGGACCAUUUUGGUGUAAACAUUUGUGUUUUAUAAGAUUUACUUUGUUUUUAUUUUUCUACUUUGAUGUGUAUAAAUAUGCAAAGUAACCGAAUAAAUAAGAUACAUAUGUCCUGGAUC